AAUGAAAGCUUGGAACAAAACCCAAAAAAGAGAAAAGAGUAAAAGUUCAAGCUUUACAUUUAACUAUUCAUUUAAUUGGCAAUCAACAUGCCAUAUGUGAUGCUGCCCUCUUCUUCGUUACGAUUACAAGCAUUCUGAACUCCGAAGAAAAUGUUUUACCCGCCUGCAAAUGUAAACGGAAGGAAGAAAGGGGCUGCUGCACUCUCAUUCAUGCCCAUGUCCUGCUCUCAAAAUGGCUCCCGGUUGGCUCUCUUCCUCUCGUCUCUCUCCUUCUUUCUAUUUCUCUACUCCUAUGUUUGUACCUUUAAUAAUGGAGGCGGCAAGAAUAUUGGGGUGGCCUGGUUAGCCAACCGAGCCAAUUCUAUGCUCAUUCCGGAGUCUGGUUCGGAUUCAUGCUCCGGUAGAUACAUUUAUGUUCACAACCUUCCUCCCCAAUUCAACCAAGACAUCCUCAGGAACUGUCACUCCCUCAUCAAAUAUUUCGACAUGUGCCCGUACAUAUCCAACUUGGGUUUUGGUCCUAAGAUCCUCAAUUCCCAAGGGGUUUUCCAGGACGAUGGCUGGUUCUUGACCAGCCAAUUCAUGUUGGAAGUCAUUUUCCAUCGCCGGAUGAAGCAAUACCAGUGCUUGACCAACGAUUCCUCUGCCGCCUCCGCCAUUUUCGUCCCAUUCUACGCCGGCCUCGAUGUGGGUCGCUACCUCUGGGACUUCAACACCUCCGUUAGAGACUCUGCUCCCAUUCGCCUCCUCCGCUGGCUCACCCAAAAGCCAGAGUGGAAGCGCAUGUGGGGCAGAGACCAUUUCUUAAUCACCGGGAGAAUUUGUUGGGAUUUCAGAAGAAAAACUAGCAGCGAGUCUGAUUGGGGUAACAAGUUUAUGUUCAUGCCUGAAGCCAAGAACAUGACGAUUUUGGGAAUUGAGUCGAGCACCGCCGCCGGCGGCGACAUCGGGAUACCGUACCCGACGUACUUCCAUCCAUCAAGCGACGGCGAGGUGUUCCAGUGGCAGGAAAGAAUGAGGAUGCAGAGAAGGGAGUACUUGUACUCGUUCGCCGGAGCCUCGCGCCCGGAAAUGUCUGAUUCGAUUCGGGGGGAUAUCAUAGACCAGUGCCGAGCUUCAGGGGAAAAAUGCAAGUUUCUGGAUUGUGAUCCGAGUUCAAAGAAGUGCGACGAUCCGGCUAAUGUGAUGAGAAUGUUUCAGAAAUCGAGAUUUUGUCUGCAGCCGCCGGGGGAUUCGUACACUAGGAGGUCGACUUUCGAUUGUAUUUUGGGCGGGUGUAUUCCGGUCUUCUUCGACAGGGGUUCUGCCUAUGCACAGUACUUAUGGCAUCUGCCCCGGAACUAUACCAGCUACUCGGUGUUUAUACCGGCGAGGAGUGUAAGAGAGAGGGAAGUUAAGAUCGAGGAUGUAUUGGGAGGAAUUUCUGAGGAGGAAGUGUUGGGGAUGAGGGAGGAGGUGAUAAGGUUGAUUCCAGGGGUUGUGUAUGCAGAUCCGAUGUGUCCAUUGAAGACAUUUAAAGAUGCAUUUGACAUAGCAGUUAAAGGGGUUCUUCAGAGAGUGGAUAGGAUUAGGAGGGAGGAAGAACAGCAAACUGGAAUUAGAUUUUGAUUUUGAUUUUGAUCUUGAUCUUGGUUUUCUGGGGUUAACAAAAUGUUUUUUAGCACUAACAUUGGCAGCUUCUUGUUUACGUUAUACUUGCUCUCUCUUUUUUUGGAGAAAUUAUUGUAUGAAAUGAAAUUUGAGGAUACAUCAGCAGGUUGGUUCA